UCUGCAGUUACUAUAGGCGUGGGGAUCGGAGAGGCCUUGGCAGACGAUCUGUGUGCCAUAGUUUUACUCUACAGAAACCUGUUCUGUGCAGCACUGCACCCACUUACUGGGUUUAGAACAAAAUAUCACUACAAGCAGAAUGGCUUCAGGAAAAAAUCAUCAGCCUGGGGUAUAUACUGGACCUAAUGCACACCAAUUAUACUGCCCACAGGAAUAUUCCCAGGAAUUGCAUAUACAAAUGUGCAAGAAAAUAGCACAAUUAACUAAGGUCAUAUAUGCUUUAAAUCUUAAGAUUGAAGAAUUAGAAGUCACUAUCUUAUCAUUGAAAGAAUCCCAUCAGGAUGAACUUGAUCAAAUAUUCAACGAGACAAGACAAAAAGUUCUUCAAUAUGAAAGCAAAGUAGGAGAAGAACAAAUCUUGCGAGUACACAUGCAGGAACUGGAGGAAACGCUGGAGAAAAAUAAAGUGAUUAAAGAACAAAUUUUAUCUGAUCUUGCAAUGUACAAAGAACAAGUAGAGCAAAGAGAAUUGAAAACAAGGUCUGAUCAUGGUCAAAGGAUCACAGCGCUAUCUAAGGAGAUGAUGACUAUGAAAACUGACUAUGAAAAUCAGGUUCAGAGACUUAAAGAGGAGGCGGACUCACUUAGAAAGAAGUGUAAAGCUUUUGAAAAAGAUAAAUCAGGUGAAAAAUUAAAUGAGAAACUUCACAAAGAGAUUCACACUUUAAGUAAAGAAGUGGAGAGCCUUAAAACUCAAAACCAAAAGCAAAAAGAGGAACAUGCGCAGAAGACAAGUAAACUACAGAGCAGCUACAUCAAGGAAAGGGAAAACCUGAGGAAGACCUUGCAACAGUCCGUUACGGAAAUGCUUAAACAAUGGCAGCACAAAGAACAGGAGCAAAAGAAAAGUAGCCAGGCUAAAGAGGCAGCCAUGCAGCAAGAAAUAAAGCAACUAAAAGCUGACAUUGAGACAAAGGUGCAAGAUAUUAAAGAAGUAAAAAAGCGGUCUCAGAAGAUGAAGGAAAGGAUACAGGAACUGGAAGUUCAGCUGAAACAAAAAUGCCAAGAGGUAAUAAAACUUCAGGCCAUGCAAUCACAAGUAGAAGUCGAAACUUCACCUGCAAAAGAGAGACAGCAAGAGAGAGAGAUCCACAAUCAAACAGAUCAGACGGUAACAAAGACAAAAACCCAUAAAACAGCAGUUACAGAAUUUGUGGAAUUAAAAACUCAGCUAACACGGCUACAGCAGAAGUCACCUACUAAAAUUUGUACAAGCAGGAAAAAUGACGAUGUUUCAAACUCCAAGCAGGAAGAAAGUUCCAAUAAUCAUUUAAAACAACUUAAAAGUGAACUGGAAACCUAUAAAAAAGAGAACUCCAGACUGGAGAAGGAAAACACAGCACUUAAAGGUUCACUAGAACUUCAUAGUAAAGAGACUUUAUUACUGAAGCAGGAGGCUUUAGAUGUCAAACAAAAACGAAUAAAUGAAGAGGAGCUAAAGAUGAAGCAGAAAGCGGAACUAGAAUCCAUAAGACAGAACCAUCAAAAAGAAAUGCAGGCAAUUAUGUCUGACUUCAGCAAUGCCCAGUCUUUUCUUCAGGCAAAGAUUGUGUCCCUAGAAACUGAACUGAAAGAGAUGGAGGAUGAAAGGAGAAAACAGCAUAAGCUAGAAGACGCACAUCUUAUAAAUUGCUUGCAGGAUAAGCUGACUGCCAAGGAACAAAUUAUAAAGCAUCUUUUGGAAGAACGGAACUGUGAUAAUAUGGAUACUAUGACAAUGUACUCAGAAGCACACAGAAGUCAGUCCUUUUCUUGCAACCCUAAUGCGGGCAGCUUAACGCCUACAUUGAAGAAAAAAAUAAUUGGUGAAGUACCUACUCGUGUCAUCAGUGUUCCAAACCUUGCUGCCUAUGAAAAAACUCUUCCAAACCAUGACUUUAUAGCCAGAAAAGGCAUGAAUUCAAUGAGAAGCUCUCCAAGUUUAGAUCACAGCAUGAAGCCUGGUCUUCCUUUCAAACCACCUGCACAAAUUCUCAAUAUUUGUUCAAACAGGAAAAACAAUGGGAAUAUAACCUCGAAGGCGGAGUCAAAAGAUCAAGAGCCGAAGAACCCAGAGUGGUUUACAAAAUAUUUCUCAUUCUAAGAGAAAUAGUUAAACCCAAUUCUGUAAAUAUGUCAUUGUUGUAGGCGGUUUGUUUUUGUAAAAAGAAAAAAAAGACAUUUUAUUUUAACAUCUUCUGUAUUCUACUUAAUAUUUUGGAAUGUAUCAAUAGGCUUCUUAUUUGUAAAGAAGUGUGCUGUACAUUGGGUAUUAAAAAUCUUUUUUAUUACAGUUCUAUUAUAGCUAUCCUGCAGGUUUUCCAUUAAUUAUUGUAUAAAAUAUCCAUUUCUUGUAUAGCAGGUGCUUGAAAAACAUAUUGACUUAAAGGGAUAGGAAAGUCUAAAAUAUACUGUCACAAUUUACAUAGAGCGUGACAUUUUAAGACACUUUUAAAUUCACUUCUUUUAUCAAAUUUACUUUUGGUAUUCUUUGUUGAAAAUCAUAAGGACAUAUCCUCUGCAGCAGCAAUGCACUACUGGGAGUUAGCUGAUUAUAGGUAGCUGCACACAUUUGUCUCUUGUCAUUGGCUCACAGAUGUGUUCAGCUAGCUCCCAGUACUGCAUUGCUGCACUGGAACUAAUUUUAAAUGUGUUUAACCCUUUUUUGCAGAGGUUAAAGACAUUUAUAUGCAAGCAAAACUACGAUGGUAACAUGUUCUAGCAUAUCAGCAUUUUAUUUUUACACUUUUAUAUCCCUUUAAUAUAGCUACUAAAAUAUAACUCAUAUGUAUUGAAGAAAGUGAAGCCGCCACUGUAGACAGAUCAGUAGCAAUCAAUGUGUGAACAUUUCAUUCCAUAUUAAUUGAAAAUCUAUCACAUCCAAAUGGCAAAAUAAAAUUUAGCUCAUAAUUAUAUCUCUCUAAAACAGCCUGGUGCACAUACUGAUUAAAGAAAUUAAUAAAAUUUAUCAAAAUGA